GCUAGCUUUAGCUUCUUAGCGAUAGCCUCGUUUUUUACCCUCAGCAGGUGAUUGCUCUGUAUUUGCAGCUCCGCUACCAUGCUGUGAGCGCUCCUCCACUACUCAUCUAUCCUAGAAGAACCAAACUGCGUCUUUAGAUCGACCGAGCUGGCGGUCCGCUGUCCAGAAGUCAUGUCCAGCCGUCUAGCCUUCCAGACCCAGCUGGCCUCCAUCAUGGAGGUUCUGGCUAACGCAGCGGUGGCGGAGAUCUGCAAGCUGGUGGACGACGACUACGCGGUGGUGAGUCUGCAGAUGUCUCAGUGCCAGAGAGAGAACAAAGCCCUGAAGAGGAAGCUGCAUCUGCUGGAGCUGAAGAUGGCUCGGGGGAAUGCCGAGAGGAGGCUUCGGGAGAGCGCCAUGAACAGCAGCAGACCCAAGGUGCAGAUCAGCACCGGCGGUGGUCUCCAAGGAUCCUCACCGUCCACCGAUGGUGCGUUUGAGCGGCAGGUGGAUGUGGCUCUGUGGUCUGGCAGAGCUGCUACCAGGGAUGCAACCAGUGAGCUGAUCCUCUCUGAGAGCAUCCAGAGGAAGUCUCCAGGUGUGGAGUUGGUGGAGGCGGAGGCGUUAGUGGUGAAGGAGGAAAAGGUGGAGGCAAACAUGUCACGAGUUGUAGGGACACAGGAGGAUGUGCCGCUGAUAGGAGAUGAUGGAGUGCUGGAGCAUGUCCCACGUGGAGCAGUAGGUCGGAGGCCCAGACUCGAACAGCACAACAGCCAGUCCACGUCCAGCCAGUCCCAGGUCCAGAGCCAAAGCCACGUCCAGAUCCAAAGCCAAAGCCAGAGCCAGAACAGCAGCAGCAGCAGAGGAGUGGAGAGAGAUGAGGAACCAGAUGUGGUGCUGGUGAAGGUGGAGGAGGUGGAGCCGGUGACGGGCCCCCUGACAGGCCUCAGCAUCCAGGAGGGAUUAGUGGAGUCCAGCACAGACGACUACAAAGGACUGCUGCCUUUUGAUGAAACCACGCAAACGUCCACCAAUCAACUGUCUGACCAGCAGGACUCUGGGCGGGGCUUCUCAGAGCUCAAUGCGUUGGGAUCCCAGGACUCGAGCAGCAUAGCGGCAGGUCAGCAGAAGGUCCCUGACACCAACCGGCCCGCCAGCCCCGCCACAGACCAGCAGCAGCAGCAGCAGAGAUGCAGCAACAGCAAUCCUCUGAGCUCUGAAUACUCCCUGUUUGAACUGGAGACCUUCUUCACCCGCUGGGCCCCUGACAAUGACCCUGCAUCAGCUCCUAAUGGUCAGUCAUGUGCUUUCACCAGUGACGAGUCAGCAGAAUGUGACCAGGAUGGGAUCAUCAUCGUUGAGACCCAGUCCCAGUGUCGGCCGGCGCUUCAGCCUCCACACACCACGGCGUCGUCAGCAGCACGGCUGACUGGGGGGCAGAACUCCUCCUCUGCGUCUGGCUCUGCAUCACAAGGGACUUGUGUUUCCACGCGUCUGAGGAUGCAGGCUCCAUCCUCCCAGCCUCCAUGGAGCAGACCUCCAGCCAUAAUAAGAAGUGCACAGGCUCAGCUGCUGCAGCAGCGCCGUGACGGCAACAGGAUCUCUCAGCAGCAGCAGCACAGCAUUCCCUCUGCACAGAGCCCACGGUCCUCCGGCGCCGCGGCGCUCAGUAACAGUAAUCGUAGUGAUGCAGCGAGUGUCUCUGGUAUCAACCCAGCCAUUAAGAACAUGAGGUGCACUGUAACUCCACAGUCCUCUUUACCUGUCCGGGGAUCCACAGCAGCACUGGCUGCCUUUGACGUGGCCAUCAGUGCGCAUCAUCGAGCCAGCGUUGUAGCUCGCCACAGUAAAAGCCAGCCGGCCAGCUCAGCGCCUGGCGAGCGCCGCAGGAGGAGCUACGUGUGCCGAGCAUGCGGCAAGGCGUUCUCUGGCCUGUCCAACCUGGAGGCGCAUGAGAGAGUCCACACCGGGGAGAAACCUUUCUGCUGUGACACCUGCGGCAAACGUUUCUCAGAAGCUGGUAACCUGAAGAAGCACCAGAGGGUUCAUACUGGGGAGAAGCCCUUCAGCUGCGACCAGUGUGGGAAGAGGUUUGCUUGGAUCUGCAACCUCAGGACUCACCAGCAGUCUGCUACAGGCUGUGGACCUCCGACCAGGGGAGGACUAGGACUGGACUGAUCACACCCAGUGGACUGUAGAGGACAAGGCUAUGAAUGCUAGCUGUGUUGUAUUGUCACAUACAGCCACAUGGCCGUCUGUCCUUCGUUAAAUCAGGAUGCAGCAGCAGCACAAAGUGUAAAACAACUGCCAUACUUACUUACUGUCUGUCAUGCUUCCCACAUGCUUUGUGUUUUAUAUCUGAUGGCAUGUUGUUGGACCAGGAGCUCAUGUGCCAGAUCAAACCGAUGGUGUCGGUGCUUCAGCUCAGAGGCUACCAGUGAUGUGCACUUUGCUGUUUCAUUUUUUCCACUUGCAUGAGAUCAUCAGAGGGAUUUUUUUAACAUUGGUAAGAUUCAAGUGACUGCAAGUUGAUUUUCAUGCUUUACAGAAAGAGGCAGUCACUGAAGACAAACAAACAAACAUCAGACUACAUGUCCUGCUGCUGGUAGUAAUGCCAUUUAUACUUGACUUGUGCUACAGAGACUAAAAUGCUGUCUGGUCUUCCUCUAACUUGUUCUCAGGUGUGCACAGAGGUAAUGAGCUCUGAGGGAAACCAACACCACCAUCACACUGCAGGACGCUAAAGACCUGUGGCAUCGUUGUGCCUCUUCUGGUGUCCUGCCACAACCAGCUCACACCCCAGCUGGAAACCACUCAACGUUUCUGUUCAUAAAAUGCUCACCACACGAUAACACUGGCAGGAUGACUGUUCAGCACGUUUCUACAGAGAUCACAUGGUGAAUAAAUGUCAUACAUGUA